UGGUUUGGUUUGUAAGUUAUCCUUUAUUUAGUUGAAAAGUGUAGAAGUUUGCUGAAACCUUAUAGCAUUGGAUUUGUCGUCAGUAAGUGAAAUAAAGGAACUUAAUGUAUUUGAAAAAGUUUUGCUGGUGUCUAAGCUUACGCGUCGGUUGUAUCAUUAUAUCCUUUUUGAAACUGGUUCUUGGCUUCAUACACAUGGUGGAAUUCUUUCGACUGAAGGAGUAUAAUAAUGUGGAGGUCUGGCUGAACCUUUUAUGGGGAAUACUACAUUUUAUUUCCUCUCUUUGCUUGUCCUGCUCAGUGCUUACAACAAACCUUAUUCCGAUUUUUCUUUACUCACUUAUCGAGGCGUCCUACAUGAUAUAUGCGAUAAUUUAUGCCUCAGUGUCCUACGCCUUGAAGACAAAUGUAUAUGCAAACCUGGGCCUAGAGUAUGAAAUUUUAUUCUGGAUUUAUAUAAUCUUCGUUUGCGGAUCGACAGUCUAUUUUCUUUUCACGGCCAUUUCGUUUUAUUUACGCAAGAGGAAACAACGUAAUAAUCGAGAAUCAUAA